AGUUAGUUCUGUUCGCUCGACACGAACCGGUCGAAAGGAGCACAAAAAGAAAAAAGAAAAAGUUAUCAAGCAGUAUUUACGUCCGAUUAAAUUCGCCGAGUUGCGUUACGCUGAAAGACUCGCACGUGGAGGAGUGCCUAGAGAAAAAUUUAAAAGCCAAAGCGCGACCAUGGGAGAAAAUACGCCCAUGGACGAGUUUUGUGGCUCCACAUUUUGGGAUGCCAAUCAGACAUGGUGGACAACUGAUCCCGAUUUUACACCCUGUUUUGAACAAACGGUGUUAGUUUGGACACCCUGUGCUUUUCUUUGGCUGUUUAUUCUCAUCGAUUUUUGGUAUUUGAAAGCAAGUUUGGAUAGGAAUAUACCCUGGAAUAAAUUGAGCAUAGGCAAAGUGUUGUUCAAUGUUGGUCUAAUUGUAAUCACCGCUUUGGAUUUAAUCAUGGCGUUUGUCAAGAAAGGCGAAUCGAAUAUACCAAUCUAUGCCGUUGAUAUAUGGACUCCCAUUAUUAAAUUGGCAACUUUCGCUAUACUAUUGAUUUUUAUACCCCUCAAUCGCAAAUAUGGCGUGCAAACAUCUGGCUGCCAAUUUCUCUUCUGGUUACUCAUGGUAAUUUUUUCCAUACCGCGCUGUCGCACCGAAGCCCGAAUGCACCAGGAACGAAGAGAUAUAAUUAAUUCACAGGAAGCAACGCCACAUGAUUUCUCCUGGGAGACAUACCAAUUUUGCAGCUUCUUCAUCUUCUUUACCUUCACCGUUUUUAUGCUUAUAUUUAAUUGCUUUGCCGAUCAAUUGCCCAGGCAAACGAAAUAUAAGCGAGGACCUAAGGAGAUUCCCGAACUCUCUGCAAGCUUCCUUUCACGCAUCACGUACAGCUGGUUCGAUAAGAUGGCUUUGAAAGGCUAUCGCAAUCCCUUGGAGGAGAAAGAUCUGUGGGAUCUACGUCCACAGGAUAGCUGUAAAGAGGUUAUGCCCACCUUUGCCUAUUACUGGAACAAGAAUGUGCGCAAAAAUUAUCGUCGCAUGGCUGUCGGACAGGAGACGAAAGCGCAGUUUAGCAACGGCAAAGUCUCCUUUGAGAAUCCACAAAAGAAUGGCAAGAAGAAGGGCAUGGCUAGCAUUAUGCCACCCAUAUACAAAUCCUUUGGCGGCAUUUUUCUCUUUGGCUCAUUUUUCAAGCUUAUCACCGAUAUAUUAACCUUCGCUCAGCCACAGGUCUUGAGUUUGAUCAUUGGCUAUGUGGAGGACUACCAGAAGGCACCUCAACCGGAAUGGAAAGGCAUUAUGUAUUCGAUUCUACUCUUUGUGCUGGCUAGUGCACAGACUUUUAUACUCGCUCAAUAUUUCCAUCGGAUGUUUAUUGUUGGCUUGCGUAUUCGCACAGCCUUAAUCAAUUGCAUUUAUCGCAAGGCUUUGCGCAUUUCGAAUGCGGCACGUAAAUCGUCAACGGUUGGUGAAAUUGUUAAUCUAAUGGCUGUGGAUGCGCAACGUUUUAUGGAUUUGACAACGUAUUUGAAUAUGUUAUGGUCUGCUCCAUUGCAAAUUGCUUUGGCUCUGUAUUUCUUGUGGCAACAAUUGGGUCCGUCUGUGCUAGCCGGCCUCGCUGUGAUGAUCAUUAUGAUACCUCUUAAUGGAUUUAUAGCAAGUCGUAUUAAAACUUAUCAAAUCAGGCAAAUGAAGUAUAAGGACGAGCGUGUUAAACUAAUGAAUGAAGUCUUGAGCGGCAUAAAGGUGCUCAAGCUUUACGCCUGGGAGCCCAGCUUUGAGAAGCAGGUACUGGAUAUACGUGAUAAGGAAAUAGCUACCCUACGAGCUACGGCUUAUCUGAAUGCAAGCACAUCCUUCCUUUGGUCUUGUGCUCCUUUCUUGGUAUCCUUGGUGACAUUCGCCACUUACGUGUUGUCCAACGAGGCGAAUCAGCUGAGCGUCUCAAAAGUCUUUGUCAGCCUUUCACUGUUCGACAUCAUGAAGCUGCCUUUAAGCGUGAUGCCCAUGCUGAUGGUAGACAUAGCCGAGACGCAAGUUUCUGUACAACGUAUAAACAAAUUCCUGAACAGUGAAGAGUUGGACCCAGACAAUGUGCAGCAUGAUUCCUCAAAGCCCCAUCCCAUGAGCAUUGAGAACGGCCACUUCUCUUGGGGCGACGAGGACGAGAUGACGCUCAAGAAUAUAAAUAUGGAGGUGCGUAAACAUAAUCUGGUUGCCAUUGUUGGCACUGUUGGUUCCGGUAAGUCCUCGGUCAUCCAAGCAUUCCUUGGCGAAAUGGAAAAGAUCUCGGGCACGGUCAACACGGUGGGCAAAAUGGCUUAUGUGCCACAGCAGGCAUGGAUCCAGAAUGCGACCGUACGUGAUAAUAUAUUGUUUGGCAAAUCGUACGAUCGCAAACGCUAUAAUCAAGUGAUAGACGCGUGUGCUCUGCGCACUGAUAUUGAAAUCCUCUCUGCCGGCGAUCGCACUGAGAUCGGUGAGAAGGGCAUCAAUCUGUCCGGCGGUCAAAAGCAACGCAUCUCCUUGGCACGCGCUGUAUACAGUAAUGCGGAUAUAUAUUUAUUGGAUGAUCCGCUAAGUGCUGUGGAUGCGCAUGUAGGCAAACACAUCUUUGAGGAGGUGAUCGGACCGAAAGGCAUGUUGGCGAAAAAGACACGCAUCCUUGUCACCCAUGGCAUUACGUUCCUACCACAGGCCGAUAAUAUCUAUGUGAUGAAAUUGGGCGAGAUUAGUGAGAGUGGCACUUAUAGUGAAUUGCUAAGGAAUCGUGGCGCCUUUGCUGACUUCCUAAUGCAGCAUCUGCAGGAGGGUGAAGCGGAGGAGGAGGAAAUUGAUCAAAUUAAACGACAGCUGUCACAAACUGAUCCCGCUUUGGUUGCCCCAUUCGAAAAGGCCAUACUACUCGCUCGCACCGAAAGCCUCUCAGAUUCAAUCUCCGUCACAUCUGCCGACAGUUUGAUGGGCGGCAGUUUGCGUCGUCGUAAGAUGCGUCAGAAUUCCUACGACUCAGCUGCCUCCGCUGCCUCGUUGAAAAAGAAACAAGAAAACGAGGGCAAACUGAUUGAGACGGAGAAAUCGCAAACAGGCGGCGUUGAUUUCAGUGUCUAUAAGCAUUAUAUCAAGAGCGUUGGCAUCUUUUUAUCGGUCGCCACUUUGGUGCUCAACUUUGUGUUCCAAGCAUUCCAAAUCGGUUCGAAUCUGUGGCUCACCCAAUGGUCCAACGAUAAGGAAGUGGAACAUGAUACGGGCAAAAGGAACAUGUAUUUGGGUGUCUAUGGUGCCUUCGGUUUCGGUCAAGGUGUGUUUAGCUACAUUGCGGUCGUGAUUAUCUACUGCGGUUGCCUCCGAGCUGCCAAAAUAUUGCAUAAUAAAUUCCUCAACCAGGUGAUCCACGGAUCGGUAUGUCGCUUUUUCGAUGUAACGCCCCUGGGGCGCAUCUUAAACAGUUUUAGCGCCGAUAUGGAUGUUAUCGACGAAGAAUUGCCCGGCACCUUGGACUCUUUCAUGAGCUUUAUAUUUAUGGUUUUGGCCACAAUUGUGGUUAUUAGCAUAUCGACGCCCAUCUUCUUGGCUGUCAUUGUGCCCAUUGCCUUUGUGUACUAUUUCGCGCAACGCUUCUAUGUCGCCACAUCGCGCCAGUUGAUGCGUUUGGAGUCCGUUUCCCGUUCGCCGAUCUAUUCGCAUUUCGGUGAAACUGUCACUGGAGUUUCCACGAUACGCGCCUACGCGGUCGAGGAGCGCUUCAUUGAGGAAUCGGACGAAAAGGUGGACAAGAAUCAGGUGUGCAAAUAUCCAUCGCUGAUCGCCAAUCGUUGGCUUGCCGUGCGCCUGGAAAUGGUUGGAAACCUGAUCAUUCUGUUCGCCUCGCUGUUUGCCGUGUUGGGUGGCCAAACGAAUCCCGGCCUGGUUGGUCUGUCGGUCAGCUAUGCGCUGCAGGUGACGCAAACACUUAACUGGCUGGUUCGGAUGUCCUCGGACAUUGAGACGAACAUCGUGUCCGUGGAGCGUAUCAAGGAGUAUGGCGAAACCAAGCAGGAAGCACCCUGGGUGCUCGAAUCGGACAAACAGCGUCCCAAAAACUGGCCAGAGGGCGGACGUGUCGAGUUCAAAGACUUUCAGGUGCGCUAUCGCGAGGGUCUGGAUCUGGUGCUACGCGGCGUUACCUUCAACAUAUCUGGCGGCGAGAAAGUUGGAAUUGUGGGUCGAACUGGCGCUGGUAAAUCCAGUUUGACGCUUGCUUUGUUCAGAAUUAUCGAAUCAGCUGGCGGCAAAAUCAUGAUCGAUGGCAUUGACAUUGCAACGAUGGGUCUGCACAUGUUGCGAUCACGUCUAACGAUCAUACCGCAGGAUCCAGUUCUCUUCUCAGGCUCGCUGCGUUCGAAUCUCGAUCCGUUUGAGAUCAAGACCGACGAUGAGAUUUGGAAGGCAUUGGAGCUGUCGCAUUUGAAGACCUUUGCCAAGAGUCUGGCAGCCGGCCUUAAUCACGAAAUUAGCGAAGGUGGCGAAAAUUUGUCCGUGGGACAACGUCAAUUGGUAUGCUUAGCGCGUGCCUUGCUGCGUAAGACAAAGGUCCUCGUAUUGGAUGAAGCAACAGCUGCUGUGGAUUUGGAAACGGACGAUCUUAUUCAGAAAACCAUUCGAAGCGAAUUCAAGGAAUGCACCGUGCUCACCAUUGCCCAUCGUUUGAACACAAUUCUGGACUCAGAUAAGGUUAUUGUCCUGGACAAGGGUCAAAUAACGGAGUUUGCGUCGCCCAACGAACUGUUGAGCAAUCCAAAUUCGGCAUUCUACAGUAUGGCCAAGGAUGCAAACCUUGUUUAGUUUUUGUACCAACAUAAAUACACCGACCGAAACUCAUAAAAAAA